AUGCUCUGGAAGUAUAUAAGACAUGUCAGAGGCACCAAGAACAGAAGCAUCGACGAGCAUCUGGAACCAACACUUCAGAUCUACUGUUCAUCAGUGAGUUUUGAUUCAGGGUCAGCAGAAAUGACUGGAGCCGCUGUGUCCACAUGCCUACUUUUUCUCCUGUCUGUAUGUUCAUCGUGUUACAUCUCUAACUGUCCUAUCGGUGGCAAAAGGUCUAUCAUGGAUGCACCACUGAGAAAGUGCAUGCCGUGUGGCCCCGGAGACAGGGGCCGCUGUUUCGGCCCCAGUAUCUGCUGCGGGGAGGGCAUCGGCUGUCUGCUGGGCUCCCCGGAAACGGCUCACUGCGUGGAGGAGAACUACCUGCUCACCGCCUGCCAGGCGGGAGGGCGACCCUGUGGAUCUGAGGGAGGACGCUGCGCUGCUUCAGGACUCUGCUGCGAUGCAGAGAGCUGCACUACCGACCAAUCGUGCCUCAUCGAGGAGGAAGGAGACGACCAAACCAGCCUAUUCGAAAGCAGCGACCCCGGUGACAUCGUCCUCAGGCUCCUGCAUCUGGCCGGUCACACUUCUCCUCAUCGAGUUCACCAAUGAGCCGCUCCUGACACCGAGGCCUCAUGAGAAACUCUUCCGCCUUGGAGACGACAUGGGACUUGUAGUUGUAGAUCAUGUAGUUGUAUUACUAUGUUUGUCAUCAUCACUCUGUAUUUGCUCUUUCCCCUGGAGAGCGCAUUUGUCAAUAUAUUUUUAUGUAUGAAAAUAGGGAUGAAUACUGAGUGGUCAUCCAGAUAUCUGCAUGUCGAAAUAAAGUUUUGAGAGAGUGUAAAAUGUUGUUUGUUACCAUUUUACUGACUGAAACUUGUAAGAUUUCUAAAAAGGCUGCAGUGUGGAUACUUUCAAACCCUCUGAUUACCUUUCUUUGUCCAGAAAAUAACAAAUUAACAUAAAGCUUAUCAGGCUGCAAUAUUACACUAUAUUCCUCUAUCACCAAAUGUACAAAGCCCACAGCCGUCUUAUCUUUUCAGAUGUUCAGCUUUGCCUAAUCCUGUCCCAGUCUGCUGUGG